CUGUUUGACGCAGCAGCGCAAAACCGACAGUAAAUGAAAGAAACAGAACUUAAUGUUCGGUCUCGUUUCUUCCAGUGAAGGUUAACUUUCCCCCGAAGAGGCCACCGAGGAGCAGACAGGACGCAGGUUGGUGGAUGUUGGUUCAGCGUCUGGGUGCAUGAAUUCAUCUGGAGGCCUCAGUGCAGCGAGCUGUGCGGAGCAUGGCAGUUCUUGAAACCUUUACAUCGGGGGACAAGGGAGAGGCAAGAGGCAGGGUGGCAAUGUUGGACUGUGAAGUUUCUAAUGUUCCAUCAUGGAUGAUCGUCUCUACAUUGUCCUUCUGGGAAAAGUUGGAGUCGGCAAAAGUGCUUCAGCAAACACCAUUUUAGGACGAGCAGCGUUUGAAUCCAGACCAUCAUUUGCAAGAGUCACCAAACACGUCUCAAUGGAAACAGGAAUGGUGUUUGGGAAAUAUGUUGCAGUCAUUGACACCCCAGAUAUAUCAGGAUCAGAGGAACAGAUUAAACACUUCUGUCAGCAUUUCCUCCAGGAGUCCAUCCCUACUCUUUUCCUACUGGUUUUUAAAAUUGAUCGGUUCACCGAUGAAGACCAGGAGACUGUAGAGGCAACAACCAGAGUUCUUGGGCCUCAGAGGAUGAAAAACUGUUUCCUGCUCUUUACAGGUGGAGAUACUUUAUUUAGAUCGUUAUCAAAUUACAUUUCAGACUAUAAAUCAAGUUUACUUCCAGAGGUAGUCAAAAGUUUUUCAUCCAGAAUUCAUCUUUUCAACAAUGAAGAUGAGGGACGGAGACAGGUCAGGGAGCUACUGUUGAAGUCUGGACACAUCACAACAGGAAGCUUGUGGACAAAUUCAAUUUCAAGCAAACCCACAAGACCAGCAAAUGUGUUAAAUGGCAAAGGAACCGACCUGGAGACGAUUCUAGAGGAUUUGGGUUUGGAUCAGUUCUACAGGAAGAAACUGUCACUCAGCAAGAUACUGGAGAUCAAUGAGAAGAUCAUCAAUGAUGAGCCUCCAAAGUGUAAAUCUGAUCUUCCAUGGUAUUUUCUUAAGAAACUAAUGAUGGUGAAUGUAACAGCUAGAGAGAUAAAAUGCACAUCAGCUUCUGAGUCCAACUGUGAUGAUACAUUAAGUGAUUAUUUUGAUCUUGAUGAUCUUCUUGCUUGUCCAAAUGUGGAUGAGACACUAAAUCUUAAUGAUUUAAUCACUGCUCUCCUUUUGUGUUCUGAUGGGUUUGUCCAUCAAGAGUUAGCUCUAAAAAUGUCCAUGUGUCAGUUCUCUGUUCCUCUGCUGCUUCCUAACUGUGAUACACAGCAGUGCACCCUCAUGCUGUGGGCCAUGAGAGACAUUGUUAAGAAGUACAGACCUUCAAGUCUUUCAGAAUCAAAAGGCUUCAUAGAAGAAAGAAUAGUUCUUUCUGAACUUCCAAUGAUCUCAUUUGUGAGACUGGGUGAGUGCUCUCUGUCCAAAUCAGAGAUCCUCAAUAAACUUUUGAGUAACUCUCAGCAAUACCAUGACACCUUUGUUCACCGUGACAUGGAGUCUGGAGACAUUCAGAGAAGAAUAUCCAAUGGACUGACUGAAAUGACCUGGUACCUUCCCUGUGGAAACAAAAACAUGGACAUCUUCAGUGAACCAGUUGCUAUAGCUAACCUUCGUGGAGACAUUGCUUCAUUUGAAACUCAAUUCUUCUUUUUGUGUCAAACAUCUGCUGCUGUUUUUGUUUUUAUCGAUCAGCUGGACUCUGAAUGUGAACAGCUGAUGAACAAAAACCUCAAAGCAAAGAUCUUCUUGGUGGGAAACCAACAGAGCAAAAACUUCAGAGUUGAUUCUGUUAAAAAAAUGGCAACCAGUCUGGCCUUGACUAAAAAUAAUAUUCUAAUAAAUACAAAACAAACAAAUGAUGCAGAUUUUGUUAAACUACUGAGGAAAAGAGUCAGUGAUGUAAUUAAUAACCCACAGAGGAAAAUGUCAAUAGAGCAGAUGGCUGAAGUUGCUCAUGAAUUAGGAAUUCCAGUUGAUGAAGAUUCUCCAGAGUGCCAGGAUGGAAAGAAAAUUGCAGAUGCCAUCACUGCACAGAUAAAAGAUACUUUUCAAUUCAAAGAAAAUCAGUUUCCUUUGCAAGGUCAAAUAUGGAAGGAACUGACAUUUUUGGAAAAGGAAGAAUGUCGUCUUCAGAAAGUUGGUUCUGAAAAUAUAGGAAACUAUAAGAGCAAUCUUAAAAAGAAAAGAGAAGAACACCGUAAAAAACAAAAUUCCUAUGCAAUGUCAAGUGUAAUGUCAUACUUCAUUAGUGCAAUAUUCAGCCCACAUAGAGAAAGGUGUUAUUUUCUUAAAUGGAUGAGAAUGAACCUCGACAAUUUAUCUCGAACAGAACUUUCUGGCCUCAGGGAACUUUACAAGGAAAAAUGCAAAGAUUCUGAAAACAAACAAGAGAUCAAAGAAAUUGAUCAACAACUUUCCAGCAGCUCACUGGGAGUUGAGCACUUCUUCCGUGAAAUGGGUCAGAUCUAUGAAGCUUCUCUUUACCUUCCAGAAACAGAUCCAUCACGUCAACAACUGCAACAUCUGCCCAAACUCUGUGCUCAGUUGUUGCUGGAUGGAUUUCCUCUUGAGCUUGUAGAUGGAGAUGCUUCCAACAUUCCUCUCAGAUGGGUGAGUGAUGUUCUCUCUCAGCUCAAUGACUUGGUGUCUCCAAAGAACAAGAUCCUGGUCGUCACAGUUCUUGGAGUUCAGAGCACUGGGAAGUCCACUCUCCUUAACACCAUGUUUGGAGUCCAGUUUGCAGUCAGCAGUGGUCGAUGCACUAGAGGUGCCUUCAUGCUGCUCAUCAAAGUCAAUGAAGACUUCAAGAAAGUUCUCAACUGUGACUUCAUGAUGAUCAUCGACACUGAAGGCUUAAAGUCACCAGAGCUAGCACAGCUGGACAACAGCUAUGAACAUGACAAUGAGCUGGCAACACUUGUUGUUGGUCUGAGUGACAUCACCAUUAUCAAUAUUGCAAUGGAGAAUUCAACAGAGAUGAAAGACAUCCUGCAGAUAGUGGUGCAUGCUUUCCUCAGGAUGAAGGAGGUCGGCAAAAAGCCUCAAUGUCAGUUUGUUCACCAGAACGUUUCUGAUGUUUCAGCUCAUGAGAAGAACCUGAGAGACAGGAAGCUGCUGUUAGAACAGCUGAAUGAGAUGACCCAGGCAGCAGCUAAAAUGGAGAAGAAAGAGGAAAACAAGAGCUUCACUGAUGUGAUGGAGUAUAAUCCAGACACUGGGAGCUGCUACAUUCCUGGACUCUGGAAUGGAAACCCACCAAUGGCUCCAGUCAAUGCAGGAUACAGUGAGACUGUCUAUGAACUAAAGAAAAACAUCAUCCAACAGCUGGGAAAGUGUGAGUCAACUUCUAAUAACAUCUUGGAGUUCAGAGAGUGGAUAACCAGCCUGUGGAACGCAGUAAAACAUGAAAACUUCAUCUUCAGCUUCAGAAACAGCCUGGUGGCUGAUGCUUACAUGAGGCUCUGCACAGAGUACAACCAAUGGGAGUGGGAGUUCAAAAAGGAAAUGUACAAAUGGGUCACCACAGCAGAGACAAGAAUUUCCAGUUUUGGUUCAUUUACUGCAACAUCUCAAAUAUCUGACAUGAAUGAAUUCAUCAUUGUGUUGAAAAGUGAAGCAAUCACAGAGCUGACCAAGUGGGAGACAAAGAUCCUUGAAAACCUAAAGAAAUACUUUGAGCAGCCAGAAGGUCAUGUUUAUCUGGUUGAAGGAUACAGAGAGGAUUUCUCCAACAGCAUAAAGAGUCUUCGACGACAAACUGAAAGAUCAGUGUUCAACCAGAUCACAGCAGCAGCUGACAUUAAGAAGGGAUUGAAAGAACUCAACAAAAUCAGGGCCACUUAUAAAGAAAAAAUUGAGAAAGCAGUUUGUGAUUUAAUUGAUGAAUGUCGUGAGAAGAAUCUUGAAAUGACUGACAGAGAGCUUGAUGAAAGUUUUAAUAAGAUGUGGACUGAAACACUGAACACCUUGUCUUUCUCUGAACAACAAAUUUUAAAUAUCUUCACAAGUGUGUCUUAUCAGUUAACAAAUCUUUCACACAAAGGAAGCCAUGCAUGUGAACUGCUGAGUAAAAAAAGUCUCAAAGACUGUGGACUGGAGCCUUUUACAUACAAACCUAAAGGAGUGAAGGAAAAUAUUAAAACUGCUUUUAAAGGACUUCUUUCCUGGACAGAUCCAAUAAAGGCAAGACAAGAAAUUGCUGACAGUAUCAUAUCUGCUUGCAAUGAUUGUAUUAGUAAUAAAAUCAAGAGAAAAACCAAUUAUCAUGAUACUUACAUCCAGGAGAUUCUUCACAUCAUUGAUGAGAGGCUGAACAAAGCUGAUGUUGACACUGACAUUGAGUUUGAAGUGUCUCUGAAACAACACAUCUGUGGAUCUGCAGCCAGAAAGUUUCAGAAAAUGCAUGAAGAAUUUAUCCAAGAAAAUGAUCCUUAUAAAUGUCUGCAGAAAAACAAAGAAAAGUUUCGCACAGAUUUCAAAGAUGUCUUCCACAAACGAGAUCAAUGCCAGAAAAAAGCUGGAAAAUUCACAAACCAAAUUCUAAAACCUGCUGUUGAAAACUUCAUCUAUCGUUCUCUUGGUGUUGAUAUUGUUGAUAAAAUGAUGACAAAAGAGGAGUUUAGCUCACGAAUGUCCUUCCAGUAUUCAAUUUUAUUGGAUCUGAUUUCAAAAAGUGACUUCAACAGCUUUAAGAGUUACAUUCGCUCAUAUGAAUAUUAUGUAAAAUCAUGGAUAACUGAGAAAAUUAGGGAGAGUUUCUCCUCUCAGUCUACAAUAUGUGAAUUGGAGGACAAACAUCUUAAGUUCUGCAUGGACCACAUAAAUGCUGCCAUUAAAAAGGCCAAAGCGACAAAUGUUUUCAGCAAGAUCUGCACAGAACUUGGGGAUAAACUGGUAAUUUCCCAGUAUGCUCUUAAUGCCUUCAUGGGCAGCAACAAUGCUGACCAGGAACAGUUUGCUCACUGGCUCAACAAGUGUGUGCAGGAAAUGACAGAAGCUCUUGGAGAAAAGUUUAAAAACACAAAGUUUGAAAUAAAACUCUCACUUCUCCACAUAAAACCAGAGAAUGAGCUUUUCAACAGAGUGAUUGGUUGUGGCAAAAGGUGUCCAUUCUGCAAAGUUCCCUGUGAUGCAGGUGGAGAAAACCACACUCAACACUUUGCUUGCUUUCAUCGACCACGGGGUUUAAGUCAGUUCAGUUGGGAAUACCCAAAUAAUCACCCGACUGACAUCUGCUCUCGUCUUGUUAUCAGUGACCGAUAUUUUUGCUGCAGUGACACAAGGAAUCAAUGGCAUCUUUACAAAGAAUAUAGGCAGAUUUACCCAGACUGGAAUAUUCCUCCAGAUGUGAGCCUUGAGGCAUCAGAUUAUUGGAAAUAUGUGAUGAACAAGUACAACAAGGAAUUUGCUGAAGCAUAUAAUGCAAAGCCUGCUGAUAUUCCUGAUGCUUGGAAGAGAAUCACAAAGGAACAGGCAGUGGAAAGCCUCAAGAAAUCAUUCAACAUCAAGUGAAGUUAUAAUACAUGUUCAGUUGUUUGAACAUAACUGUUUUUUGCAUGUAGAGUAUUUUGAUCCUUUUUUCUUCUUGUUUUAAAAUCACCUCAUUUACAUAUGUAUUUUGUGUAUUAAAGACAAAAUAAACUGCUGAAGCCUCUUUUGCUAUAGCUCCUUAUUUUUUAAAAUUGUGCAUUUAUAAUAGCUAAACUGAAUUAAGCUUGAUGCCAGGAUCUUUUUAUUUUAGUUGUUUUUGCUAAAUGGGUUUAUCAAUGUUAUGAAAAAAAAUUCAGAUCAAUAUUUUAUGUCAAACACUGACAUCAGUUAUUACCAAAUACGGUAUUUUGUUAGCAUAAAAAUGUAUGUGUAUAAUUAUUUUUGACACAAUCAUAAUGACUUUGGUUUCACCUAUGUCUUGUUCUGGGUCUUAUGUUUUCAGCUGUUCCUCUGUUUUGAUAUUUACCUCUUGAUGUUUGAAUUUCCUUGUUUCAUGGUAUCAAUUAUUUUCUUGUUUUGUUUAUAUUGUUCUUUCACUUCAGCUUUUUAUUUUUGCUCUGCUGCCAUUCAUUGUCUUUAUUUUACUCACCUAAAAUAAAUACGUGACAGAUCACACCUCCACUUCA